CGCACACUCCGCCCGACUGCCAGCGCACCGCCCACCCAGGUCCUGGGGCCCCAGCGGGUGUGCUCGCGGGGGAAACUGAGGCAGGCAGCGUGCUUGUGGGUUCACUCCUGCCUCAGUCCACACCCCAGGGCCCGCAAAGCUGCCUCCCGAUUCUUAGACCCGCAUGGAACAGCAGGGAAGGACGGCAGGAAGGGGAGGGGGCCCACAGCAAGCGGGGUCUAAAGAGUCGGCCUGUCCUGCCACACUCAACAUGGCGGCGCGGCAACGGCGAGGUCCCUCAGAGGCGGUACCAGCGCAUGCGCAGCGCGGAGUCCCGGCCCGGGACACAAGAUGGCGGCAGCGGCGUUGGGGAGGGCGAGGCGGAGGCGGCAAAACGGGCGGUCGAGCAGAACGUGUAGCCGCGUCCCCUCGAGUCCGCUGCGGGCAGUUGCUGAUGCAAGGAAUCCCCUGGGCUCCCGUCCACUCCACUGCUGACCAGCCCACACGCCUGCACUGCACGCUUUCCUGCAGGCCUCCCGACUGCCUCUGUGGGACCAGGGGGUCCAUCUGGCCGGAGAAGAAAGCCCUCUCAUGCUAGCGUUGCAGACCCCAGAGGGUGAGAGAAAGAGGGACCUUGCUCAGCCUUGAGACCUGUGGGUCCACCCCGAGGCACCGGGAAUUCCUCUUCCCCAGAGGACCAAGGCAGCUCCCCUUGGACUCUGAUCACCUAGCCUGGGGAAGGGAGAGUCAAGGAAUGGUUCCUGGAGGAUGUGGACCUAGUGGCAAGCCAGGCAGAGAAGCGGGGAAAGAGUAUUCCAGGCCAAAAGAGCACCAGGAGUGCACCCAUUUUACAAUUGAGGGAACCGCAACUUAGACCUGAGGGCUCCUGUGGCACAAGGCUGGCCAUCCAGGAAGGGACUGGAUUGGUUUCUCCACAUGUGCAGGUCCGGUGUGGGUGCUGAGAUGGCCAAUGAGAAUCACGGCAGCCCCCGGGAGGAAGCAUCCUUGUUGAGUCACUCCCCAGGCACCUCCAAUCAGAGCCAGCCCUGUUCUCCAAAGCCCAUCCGCCUGGUGCAGGACCUCCCAGAGGAGCUGGUGCACGCCGGUUGGGAGAAGUGCUGGAGCAGAAGGGAGAACCGUCCCUACUACUUCAACCGGUUCACCAACCAGUCCCUGUGGGAGAUGCCCGUGCUGGGCCAGCACGAUGUGAUUUCGGACCCUUUGGGGCUGAAUGCGACCCCCCUGCCCCAAGACUCGAGCUUGGUGGAAACCCCCCCGGCUGAGAACAAGCCCCGAAAGCGGCAGCUCUCGGAAGAGCAGCCCAGCGGCAAUGGCGUGAAGAAGCCCAAGAUUGAAAUCCCCAUGACACCCACUGGCCCAUCAGUGCCCAGCUCCCCCAGCGUCCCAGGAACCCCAACCCUGAAGAUUUGGGGGACAUCCCCUGAAGAUAAACAGCAGGCAGCUCUCCUCCGACCCACUGAGGUGUACUGGGAUCUCGACAUUCAGACCAACGCUGUCAUCAAGCACCGGGGGCCAUCAGAGGUGCUGCCUCCGCAUCCCGAGGUGGAGCUGCUCCGCUCCCAGCUCAUCCUGAAGCUUCGGCAGCACUACCGGGAGCUGUGCCAGCAGCGAGAGGGCAUCGAGCCCCCCCGGGAAUCCUUCAACCGCUGGAUGUUGGAGCGCAAGGUCGUGGACAAAGGCUCUGAUCCCCUGUUGCCGAGCAACUGCGAACCGGUCGUGUCACCUUCCAUGUUUCGCGAAAUCAUGAAUGACAUUCCCAUCAGGUUAUCCCGAAUCAAGUUCCGGGAGGAAGCCAAGCGUCUGCUCUUCAAAUACGCAGAGGCUGCCAGGCGGCUCAUCGAGUCCAGGAGUGCAUCUCCCGACAGCAGGAAGGUGGUCAAGUGGAACGUGGAGGAUACCUUCAGCUGGCUGCGGAAGGACCACUCCGCCUCCAAGGAGGACUAUAUGGAUCGCCUGGAGCACCUACGGAGGCAGUGUGGCCCCCACGUCUCGGCCGCAGCCAAGGACUCCGUGGAGGGUAUCUGCAGUAAGAUCUACCACAUCUCUCUGGAGUACGUCAAACGGAUCCGAGAGAAGCACCUUGCCAUUCUCAAGGAAAACAACAUCCCAGAGGAGGUGGAGGCGCCCGAGGUGGAGCCCCGCCUGGUGUACUGCUACCCGGUACGGCUGGCCGUGUCUGCACCUCCCAUGCCCAGCGUGGAAAUGCACGUGGAGAAUAACGUGGUCUGCAUCCGGUAUAAGGGCGAGAUGGUCAAGGUCAGCCGCAACUACUUCAGCAAGCUGUGGCUCCUUUACCGCUACAGCUGCAUCGACGAUUCUGCCUUUGAGAGGUUCCUGCCCCGAGUCUGGUGUCUUCUCCGCCGGUACCAGAUGAUGUUCGGCGUGGGCCUCUACGAGGGGACAGGCCUGCAGGGGUCGCUGCCCGUGCACGUCUUCGAGGCCCUCCACCGACUUUUCGGCGUCAGCUUCGAGUGCUUCGCCUCACCCCUCAACUGCUACUUUCGCCAGUACUGCUCCGCCUUCCCCGACACUGACGGCUACUUUGGCUCCCGCGGGCCCUGCCUGGACUUCUCCCCGCUGAGUGGUUCCUUCGAGGCCAACCCUCCGUUCUGCGAGGAGCUCAUGGACGCCAUGGUCUCUCACUUCGAGAAACUGCUCGAGAGCUCGCCAGAGCCCCUGUCCUUCAUCGUGUUCAUCCCCGAGUGGCGGGAACCCCCGACCCCAGCGCUCACCCGCAUGGAGCAGAGCCGCUUCAAGCGCCACCAGCUGGUCCUGCCCGCCUUCGAGCACGAGUACCGCAGCGGCUCCCAGCACGUCUGCAAGAAGGAGGAAAUGCACUACAAGGCCGUCCACAGCACGGCCGUGCUCUUCCUACAGAACGACCCUGGAUUUGCCAAGUGGGGGCCAACGCCCGAGCGGCUGCAGGAGUUGAGCGCCGCCUACCGGCAGUCGGGCCGCAGCCAUGGCUCUGUCGGCUCCUCGUCGUCCUCCUCGGAGGCCAAGGACCGGGACUCAGGCCGCGAGCAGGGCCCCAGCCGGGAGCCUCACUCCACUUAACACAUCCUGCGGGGAGGAGGAGCCCCAGGGUGCUGGUCUGGACUGCUGGCGCUCAGGCCUCUUGGGGCUGAGUGGAUCCCAGGACCCUCCUUCUGGGGUGGCAGCAGGACCCAGACUGCCAAUGACAUAGGAAGAUUACAGCUCUGCCAGGGCUUCCCCUCCCUGCCCGCAUCCCCCCAACCUCCCACCUCAAACUCACUCCAAGUCCCCUGUAAAUAGGCCCCAUGCCUUCCCUUCCUUCCCCCGCCCCCAUCGUGUUGCCACCUUGUUUCAUUUGUAAAAGGAAAUACAGAACCACCUCCCCCCUCAAGAA